AUGUUUAGGAAUAUGUUCAAACAGUUUAUUGGGCCCGUGCCCCCACCCGAAAACAAUGUGCGUGUUGUGUUCCAAAGUAAAUAUGGCCCACAUGCAAACGGAGGGUCUAGGCAGACGAAAUUACUAAGCCCAGAUAUGGAGCAUUGGCAGAAGGAUGUAUCGAGUCAAGGGGACACCACUGCACUAUAUUCCCUAGAAAUUAGUGGAGCUGAGGGUGAAAGGGAGUUGACGAAGCCAGGGGAGAAUAGAGGAAGUUUACCAAAGACAGGACAGAGUGGAGGAACUUCAGCGAUCAAGAGUGCGACUGAAGAAGAAUCAUAUUAUAUAAUAAAUUCGUUUCUGACAGAUAUAACGUCUGCAGGUGCUCUCGAAGGAGAUCGUUUUAAUGUUAGUUUAGGACGUUGCGCGAACUUUGGCAAAUGCUUAACCUAUUUAUCUUAG